AUGGAAAAAACUAAGUUAGAAUUUCAAGCUAGAGAAGAAAAAGCUAAGUUAGAAUUUCAAGCUAGAGAAGAAAAAGCGAAAUUAGAAUUAGAAGCUAGUUUAGCUAUAAAGGUGGAACAAGAGAGGGCUUCAAUCAAUCUUCAGAUUAGGCAAACUGAACAAGAGUUACCUCCCUUUGACCUGACUAAAAAUAUAAAGUUAGUUCCCUUAUUCACAGAGUAUGAUCCCGAGGAUUAUUUUCGGGUAUUUGAGGAAACUGCUAAUCGCCUUAAUUGGCCUGUUGAACAGUGGGUAUGGCUCCUUAAACCUAAAUUGUCAGGUAAAGCUGCUAAAGUUGUUAGGCAUCUGGAUGAUACUAAUGAUUAUAAACAGGUUAAGAAAGCAAUCUUAGAUGCAUUUUCCAUAACAGAGGAAGGAUAUAGACAAGCUUUUCGUAACUUAUGUAAAUCAAAUAUCCAAACUUUCCUAGAAUUCGCUUCUGACAAGCUUAGAGCUUUCAAGAAAUGGCUUAAGUGUGCUGAAGUAACUUCUUUUGAAGAACUGAUAAAUUUAAUGGUUCUUGAAGAAUUGAAAAGGAAACUUCCCAUUAAUGUAAUGCUCUAUAUUGAAGAUAGGCAGGAGAAAGAUUUACUAAAGGCUGCUUCCUUGGCUGACACUUAUUCCUUAAUACAUAAGAGUAUUCCUAAUAAAAAAGCUGAGGUAUUUGUAAAACCAGUUUCAGGAAAAUCCCAGCAGAUUUUGGAUAAUCCCAAAGGUUCUGAUAAUCCUAAAUGUAGUUAUUGUAAGAAAGACGGACAUACUAUUCGUAAUUGUAAAGACCCUAAAUGUAAAGGAUCUGAUAACUACCGUAAUGUUUUUAUGAAACCCAACGUAAAAUUUUCAACCUCCCAGAUUAAACCUGUUUCGCAUGUGCAAGCAAAUGUACCCGAUGUAUUUGAUGAUUUUAAGUCUGAAGGUAUAAUAACCUUGGGGGAGAAAGAACAGAAGUCUAGGGUCACUAUAUUAAGAGACACUGGAGCUGCUUUAACUUUGUUGCAUAGUAAGGCUUUACCAAAUGUUGAGAAUAAUUUAACUGGUGAGAAGGUGGUUGUAAGGGAUCUUACUGGAAUCUCAUCCAUUCCCCUUGCCAGUGUUUACCUUGAUUGCCCACUUGUAAAAGGGAAAGUUGAAUUAGGGGUGAUUGAUACAGAAUUGCCGGUAAAAGGAGUUUCAUUGCUAUUGGGUAAUGAUUUAGCCGGGAAAUUAAUUGUACCAUAUUUAAUUGUCACUGAUACCCCCAUGGAGGAUAAGGUAGAUCUUGAACAAGCCCCAACACAUAUAGUCACUCAGUCCCAAGCAGGAGACAAGGUAAAUGACUUUGAAGUAGAUAGUGAUUUCUUAGCUAAGGUAAUGUCUAGAGGUAAACUUAUAGUUGCCCAGAGGUCAGAUCAAUCUUUAUCUUGUUUGCAUGAUAAGGCUGUUGAUAUAAAAUCUUUGAAUAAAUCCCCUUCUUUUUAUCAUAAUAAUGGUAUCCUAAUGCGAUUUUACCGUCCUUCUAACUAUUCAAUUCUCGAUACCUGGAGUGAGAAAUACCAAAUUGUUGUCCCUUCUUCGGUACGCACUCAUAUAAUGGAAAUUGCACAUGAUGGACCAGGUGGUCAUUUGGGACAAUACAAAACUUACUAUAGAAUACUUGAUAAGUUCUAUUGGCCUAAUUUGAGGAAAGACGUAGGAGAUUUUCAUAAAGACGUCAUGUAUGCCAAUAGCUGGCAAACUAACCAAGUAAUUCCUAAAGCCCCUUUACAGCCUAUACUAGUUCCACAUGAGCCCUUUGAGAAAUUAGUAAUAGACUGUGUUGGACCCUUGCCCAAGACGAAAGGUGGUAACCAUAUGUGUCCCAGUACUCGUUUUCCAGAGGCCAUCCCACUUAAGAAUAUAUCUGCCAAAAAUGUGCUAAACACCUUUUAA